AUGCAUGGUUGCAUUACACCGAAAGCCUGGAAUGACACUGGCAUGCAGCCGGUAAACACUUUCUACCAUAAGCCUAAAGCUGUGAACGCUCUUCACGGUGAACGCAAGUCUGUGAACAUUCUCAACCACGAACCCAAGUCUGCGAACAUUCUCAACCAUGAACCCAGUUCUGUGAACAUUCUCCACCACGAAACCAAGUCUGUGAACAGUCCACACCACGAACCCAAGUCUGUGAACAUUCUCCAACACGAACCCAAGUCUGCGAACAUUCUCCACCACAAACCCAAAUCUGCGAACAUUCUCAACCACGAACCCAAGUCUGUGAACAUUCUCAACCACAAGCCCAAGUCUGUGAACAUUCUCAACCACAAACCCAAGUCUGUGAACAUUCUCAACCACGAACCCAGUUCUGUGAACAUUCUCAACCACAAACCCAAGUCUGUGAACAUUCUCAACCACGAACCCAAGUCUGUGAACAUUCUCAACCAUGAACCCAGUUCUGCGAACAGUCCACACCACAAACCCAAGUCUGUGAACAUUCUCAACCACGAACCCAAGUCUGUGAACAUUCUCAACCACAAACCCAAGUCUGUGAACAUUCUCAACCACGAACCCAACUCUGUGAACAUUCUCAACCAUGAACCCAGUUCUGCGAACAUUCCACACCACAAACCCAAGCCGGUGAACACUCUCUACCUCGACCCUUAA